UGAUGUGUGGCGCGCAGCUUGUGUUUGUUUACAUGGUAGUUUAGUAACCAAUUCUAAAUUAUUGUUGCUUCUUUAAAUAUUAUAUUUCUGCUGAGAUCUGUAUUGUGAAAGACUACAACAUAAACAAAGAAAAUGAGUUUUGCAACGAAGCACCUGCAGGAACAGCGCAGGCUGAAGGAGGUUAGCGCCCUCCAGACUAUGGCGCAGCUGGAAGCUAUAGAGGCUGAGAGGAUGAAGAUGGACCUCCGGGCCGAGGGGCGGCAGACGUUGCAGAAGCUGCGCAUCGCCAAGUUGGAAGCCGAAAAGGAAGAACGGAUCGGCAAGCCAAAAAGUCUGCAGCGAGAACUGCUGUUUAAUCGGCUCCAUCAGGAUGAGGUUCUUGCAGAGGAAAUGGAUAAAGUCAAGAGGCAAGAGAUAGUGCAGCUGAAGCUCAGACAGCAGUUACGUGAAUCGAGUGUUGAACUAAAAGAGUUAGAAUCGAAGUUGAGAGCAGCGUAUGUCUACAAGGAACUGUGUGCUCAGAAAGCAGAGAAGGAGGCAGAGAAGAUGAGGGAGAAAAUGUACGCGAAUGAAGAGCGAGAGGCUCUCCAGCGGAUGAAGCGGCAAGACGACGAGAUGGAGCUGAAGAAGCAGGAGGAGGAGGCGAAGCGGCAGAUAGAGUACCGCCACCAGCUGCAGGACCAGAUGAUAGAGGCGUACAACCGGCGGGAGGCCGCCUUCAUAGAGUUCCUGCAGGAGAAGCAGAUGAUCGACGAGGCCGUGCGCAGGAUCCACGAGGAGGACAUGAGGGAGUUUGAGCAGAAGAUGCUAAUGAUGAAGAAAACAAAGAAGGAAAUGGAUGACUUCAAGAAGGCGCGUGACGAGUGGAGGAAGAAGGAAAUGGAAUCAGUUGAAAUGGAAAAUAGGAGGCUCGUGGAGUUCUUGCAGAAGAGAGAGGAGCGGGAAAAAGAAAGGAUACAACAGUUGAAAGAAAAAGAAGAGAAGAAGGCCAGGGUGAAAGAGAGCCUUUCCCGCAAGCUCUUUGAGGAAGAUCUGAUGCGCCUGGAGCGGACAGACCUGCUGCAGCAGCUGGCGGAGGAAGACUUGCGGCAGGCGGCACUGCGUCGCGAGCAGGAGGACGUGGACCGUGCGCUGCGCACGCGACUGGAUCUGCAGGACAUGAUGCGGCAGCAGGCGCGCGACAAGGCGGAGCGGCUGCGCAAGGAGGCCGAGGAGGAGGACCGGUACCGCCAGCAGCUGACGCGUGAGAUCAUGGAGAAGCAGCGCAUCGACCAGCUGACGGCAGAGAGGCAGAGGGUGCGACGUGCCGAGCUGCGACGGGAGGUGGAGGAGAUGAUAGCAGAGCGGAGGCGGAAGCGGCAGGCAGAACUGCAAGAGCUGCAUGAGCAGGAGCAGUGGCUGCAGCGGCUAGAUGAUGACAGGCGACGCAGGAUAGAAGAGGAGCGCCUGCGCAUGCUGAAGGAGCACGCCAGCCGCCUCAUAGGCUUCAUGCCGCCCGGCGUCCUGCGCGAGGACGACCUCCCGCACCUGGGUCCGGAGCUGGCCAAGAUGUACAAAGAACAGGCCAUCUGCUGAACCUGAGCAGGGACACUGACAACUGCUUGAUAGUUCUUCACAUCUGUAUUUCGAUGAGGAUAAUGUUACCACAAAUUAUUGACACUUUUAUGAAUUCCAUGGAUCAUACCAGGCGAGUCAUUUUGGCACUGUAUUUGUUAAAUCUUGCAUUUAAAUAUGCAUUAAUGAUACUAGAUUAAGUUUUGUCAUUACCAGAUGACUUUAGAGUCAUAUGCAAACAUAUUUUUGCCUAGGGCUGUGUUAGGAAAUUAAUAAACUUUGUCUUAUACUUUUUAUGAAAAUACCACCGGUGACUAAUUUUUUUGUAACAUGUUUUAUAUGGACUCUGGAAGAUUGAUCUAUUACGCAUGAUCAACUUCUAAUUACACAGUCAAUGUCAUGGGUGCACAAUUUUUAAAAUGUCCAUCACAAAAUUACAGACGCUAUAGCAUAGGUGCAUGCACCAUUUACUGUGCAGUUUGUUUUAACACGUCAAAGAUAUUGAAACUUUUUAGUGUAGUCUGAAAAUUUUAACAUUGUUUCGUAUUUAAACAUGUUUAUACCACUUUGUAUGUU